CUGGUCGCGCUGGUGGCGGCCUCUCUAGCUCAGACAUGGCGGGCCCAGCGGACGACGUGAUAGCUCAGAUCAACGAGUCGCUUAAAGACGCCGUCAAAAAUGAAACCAAGUUCCAGCCGACCCCCGCUGGCCAGGCAGUCGCCUACACCAGCAUCAUGCUUAUGGCUUUCUUCCCCAUCGUUCUGGGCGCCUUCAAAUCCGUCACACACCAACGGAAACAAAAGGAGUCGGGCGAAAAGCCUGAAACUAUGACGAGAAAGGAUGCUGCCAUGUUUCCAGUCAUAGCCAGCGGAGCGCUGUUUGGCUUGUACAUUUUCUUCAAGCUCUUCUCAAAAGAAUACAUCAACCUCCUCCUCACGGGAUACUUCUUUUUACUCGGAGUAUUAGCAAUGGCUCACAUAUUGAGCCCAGCGUUCAGCCGCGUCCUGCGAAGUUUGCUGCCCAGCCACUUUUAUCGCUGGGAAUAUAGGAUCUCCUUCCAGCGAUGGUCGACUACGCAGACUGAUGAGUGCGAAGAGUACUUUGACUACCGCUUCAGCUAUGAUGACGUAGCCUGCUGGAUCUUCUGCUGCCUGUUCGGAGUCUGGUAUCUCUGGAAAAAGCACUGGGUGGCCAACAACCUCUUCGGGCUGGCCUUCGCUGUCAACGGCGUCGAGCUGCUGCACAUCAACACGGUGGCCACGGGCUGCAUCCUGCUCGGUGGCCUCUUCGUCUACGACAUCUUCUGGGUCUUUGGCACCGACGUCAUGGUGACCGUCGCCAAGUCUUUCGAAGCGCCCAUCAAACUGGUGUUCCCCCAGGAUUUCCUGGAGAGUGGCUUUGCGGGCAAGCACUUUGCCAUGCUCGGCCUGGGAGACAUUGUCAUUCCUGGCAUCUUCAUUGCCCUUCUGUUGCGAUUCGACUUCAGCCUAAACAGGCAAAGGAAUCUCUACUUCGUGAGCAGCUUUGUUGCUUACGUGCUCGGCCUGGCACUCACCAUCUUCAUCAUGGUCUAUUUCAACCAUGCACAGCCAGCACUCCUGUACCUGGUACCAGCAUGCAUUGGUGUUCCGCUGACAGUUGCAGCCAUUAUGGGGGAUAUAACGGCCAUGUUCAAGUAUGAAGACCACCCAGCUGACGAAAAGGCAUCGGGCACUGACGACCAGCGGGAGCGAGAGGCAGACGGCGACAGUGACCAGAAAACACCUAAGGCUUCACCAGCGUCUGCAAAAAAGAAUUCUAGGAAAGAAAAGUGAAGCACAUCAUCGGAACUAGGAUGAUGCCGCUACGGAGGAACGAUUUGGGGGCCGUUUUAAAUUGAGGACGCUGUUUUCAAGGUUCGGAGCAUUGCCGAAGGUGCGGACACCGCAAGACGUUGUGACGUUUGAAACUACGAAGGAAAAGUAAUUGUGACUAAGCUUUCUCCGCCAGUUGCAUUGGGAAUAUUUGAGGGAUUCAGUUUGUGCUACCUGACUUGUUUCCAGUGAAACUACGAAGCAUGCUGUUACGCCGACGCGAUGCCACGUGCGGCUAAGAGUCCCGGCUCGUGGCAGUUUUGCAGAUUCGUUGGUUAGGGAACCAACUUCCUGUGAUGCCGAAACAGCCCUUAUGUAGGGUUUCGUUUCAGCUGAAAAAGUCUUGAGCGUUUGCCGAGAUAAUUUGGAAACCUCUGUGGCAGUCUUUGCCUUUGUUGUAUUCUUAUUUACCAUUUUGUUUUGAAAUUGUGAAAGAGUUCUACGUGUUUGUAAGGCCCGGUUUCUCGACAACUGUUCAUGUGUUUCGUUGUUUAUCGUUGCAUCGACGAAGCAGCUGAGCAACUCAUAAACCGAGCCAUGUCCAGAGUUGAGAGACAAGUCAUGAGGCCUGAACAUCACAGAAGGUGCAUUUGGCUCAUAAUGUAAUUUAUUGAGACAGUGAGUCUACGUGACAAUAAAUUCGAUAACCAAUUUGGCUUGUGUAGGUGUUCGUAAAAACAUUCAUUUCAUAAACAUCUGUGUCUCAUCAAAACGAGAGUAUUACUAAAAGUUCCACCAUCACAAUGUAAAUUUUUUUUCUAUUGGUGUUAGUACAUCGUCUCCACCAUUCACAGCUAAAAUUGAAGUUUUUCCUUGCGGAGCAGAAUAUUUUUGUACCUCAGUCCAGAGUCCAAGUGAAAUGAGUGGUUGGAAUAAUUCACGAGCAUUGUUGUUUUAUCACUUGAUUUUGUAAUAAAAAAGAGGGGGUGAUGGUACCAUUUGUCUGGUUUGGUUGUGCGCUUUCCAGCCAAAGAGAAUAAAAGAUGUUUUCACACCUGU